AUGAACUCAUCUCUUUUGAAAAUCUCAAUCUUGGUAGUGGAUGAUGAUUCCACUUCUCUCGCAAUCAUCUCUUCCAUGUUAAAACAGUGGCGUUAUGAAGAUAUAUCAGUUGCAACUGUUAAAACUCCGGUAGAUGCUUUGUCCACUCUUCGAGCACACCCAAGCAUUGACCUAGUCGUCACUGAUCUCCAUAUGCCUGAAAUGAAUGGGAUUGAGCUUCAAAGGCAGAUCAACCAAGAAUUUAAAGUGCCCGUCAUCAUAAUGUCCUCAGAUGACAAAGAAAGCGUCAUGUUAAAAAGUUUAGCAGGAGGAGCUGUAUUUUUUAUAGUUAAACCCGUAAACCCUGAUGAUCUGAAAAAUGUAUGGCAAUAUACAAUUGCAGCUAAGAAAGGUAAAUCCGUUUUUAUUGAGGAAAUUGGAAGCAUUGAAGGGGAAUCGUCCUCAGCUGGAAAAUUAUCUAAAGGUCAAAUAAUAAUAUCUGAGUCCUCGGUGAAUGACGAAAAGAAUAAUACUAAAAGGAGAUCCAAAAGAAAGGCAUCAAGGAAGGACAAGGAUGAUCAACAAGAAGAAGAAGAAAUUGCAUCUUCCCCCAGAAAGGGCAAGGUGGUUUGGACAAAUUCACUUCACAACCAGUUUUUGGAAGCCUUAAGAUAUAUUGGCCUGGAAAAAGCUGUCCCCAAGAAGAUUCUUGAGCAUAUGAACGUGCAAGGCUUAACUAGAGAAAAUGUGGCUAGUCAUUUACAGAAGUAUCGAAUCUUCUUAAAGCGUGUAGCAGAAAGGAGUUGUUUUUCAUCAAAGGCCUUCGUUGAGAGUGUCCUUAAGUCAAGCAUUGCAUCUGGCCAUCCAUUGUUGUUAAAAACUGCCCAAGAAUAUUCGCGAUUGCAAGAACUGAAACAAAUGAGGGGGUUAACAUCCCAAGCAGGAUAUGGGAGGAGUCCUUCAGCUCAUAAUGCUGCUAGCCUUGGAUCCAUACUCUUUCCUAAUCAAAAUGCUUCAAGCAGCAACUCUGCUCAGCCACAGGGAUAUGGACAAUACUGUUUAUUGGGCAAUCAAGCUAACAAGCGACAGGUCUCUGGCAAGACGAAUCCUCUCUAUCAGGGUAAUAGCCUGGGAUAUGCAAAUGGAUCGAAUUUGUCACUAAAUGGUGGCUUGUAUGGUGGCCUAAUCAAUGUUCCAAAUGGCUCGAUGAACGGUGCAAACUCAAUGCACACGUACCAACAGCAAAUUCAAGCAAGGCCAUAUUUUUACACUGCUGAUUCCUCAUCCCAGUUCAGAUUUGGCUCACCCGGCCUUCAUUCUUCGAGUUCUACUCUGGGCACUGGAAACAUAGGAAGUAUUAGCACUUCCUACCCUACUCUGAAUUCUAGUUGCACCAAUAAUAAUACCUAUGCCGGGAUUAGAUUGACUACUGAUGGACAGCUCACUGGAAUGGGUCAAACCCGUCUUAAUGGUGGCUAUGGCUCAAUGAAUGGAACUUACAAUCAGAAUAUGAACUUUGAAGCCAUGGGCAAUCAAACUUUUCGUUUUAAUUCUCAAGGAGAGUUUUCAUCCACAGUAGUAGAUGGCGCAAAGCAAGUUUCACCAACCUACACUGCAGCAAACCAACAAGCAAACACUUCGGUGUUGCCAGGUCUUGGCAAUCUAGGAGUAUCUGAUUAUAAUUCUGAUCAUCCGAUGAAUAAUGAUUCCAAUCUUGACAACAUAAGUCUUUCUCAACAACCUGGUGACAGUUACCCCUGUGACGUCCUCUCUGAGUCGAACAACUAUCAAUUCCUUAAUGAGCAACAAGUUGGUGGGGAUAGCGUCCAGCAGAAACCUGAAUUUGCUAGCAGCUCAUUGUUUCCGGAAAUCUACCCCACUCUGGACGAAAUUGUGGGUUCUGAAUUCUUGUCUCUAGAAGAAACCGCUCCUUGGUGUGAGCAAGCUCUUGGACAGGUGCAAAGUGGUAAUAAAGAGUUCAUGAACACCAGCGUUGGUGGCGGUGAAUAUACUUCGGAUGAAUCUUAUCCAACUAAUGUUAAUCAAAACACUAAUCAGCAGCAAAGCGGAGAAGAACAUUUGGCUGACUCUGAGCUCAGCUCCGUUUUCCGAGUGGACAAUGCUCCUACUUCUGGAGAUGACUCAUCAGAUAAUCAGAACUGGGGAGAUGAUUUCGUAGAUUCCAUGUUCGGCUUCGGCCCUCAUUUUGAAUGA